AUGGAGGCCGUCCGAUGCAGUGGAAGUUCUCAGCUGAGAUUAUUGAGAAAGAUGGGGAAGGUGGGGACGACGACGGGGGUACCCGUGCCGGCCGCCAUUGCUAGGGAUUAUGAGGUGAUGGAGAGGCUGGCAGACGAGAGGUCUGCAUCGACUUUGUGGCGAGCGGUGCAGCGGUCGAGUGGGCAGGCGGUGGUAUUGAAGCAGGUAAAGCUCUCUGGGCUCAGCCGGAAUCUGAGAGACUGCCUCGAUUGCGAGCUGAGAUUCCUGGCGAGCGUUAGACACCCAAAUAUCAUCCGCCUGAUCGACUCCAUACAGUGGCAGCCCGCCGAAGUCGAGGAAUCCAUAUUUCUAAUCAUGGAAUUCUGCCCUGGGGGAGAUUUGGCCACUUUCAUCAAGCACACUGGUCAUCUUGAUGAGGAUACAACUAUAAAAUUCAUGAAACAGCUAGGAGCUGGUUUGGAGGUGAUGCAUAUUCACCACAUCAUUCAUAGGGAUUUGAAACCUGAGAAUAUACUGCUCUCAGCUCCCAGUUCUGAUGCUGUGCUAAAGAUAGCUGAUUUCGAUCUGGCAAGAGUUAUUCAUCCCGGUGAGUAUGCCAACAUGGUCUGUGGAACACCUUUCUACAUGGCUCCAGAAGUCAUGAAGUUCCAGAAAUAUGAUAAUAAGGUUGAUUUGUGGAGUGUCGGUGCAGUUUUUUUUGAACUUCUGAAUGGUUUUCCACCUUUCUGUGGCAAAAACAAUGUUCAGCUUCUGCGAAAUAUAGAAGAGACGAAUACACUUCCAUUUUCGCAACAAAUUCUCUCGAGCAUACGUGUAGAUUCCCUAGAUCUAUGUACUAGGCUGCUGCGCAAGAAUCCUAGUGUGUCUUCGACUACUUGCAACGGAUUUCCUUUGAUGAGUUUUAUCACCACAGUUUCUUUGGCUGAUCCAAGCUCAAGAUUGUUCUGA